GGCAGCGCGCGGUGAAAGGCGUGAGGAGGAUGUCAACAACAGCGGGCACUGGGUCAGCACCUCUGUAAAGGCUAAAGAAGAACCUCUACAACUUCAACCUUUUCAUCCAACACCACAGAUACACAGAUUUUUUGUCAUUUUUGCGCAGACAGUCAAAAUAGAAGCUCUUAAUGUUAGCAAAUGUAGCUAGUCGGCAGUUGGAGGAUGCAUGCUAGCUACUGUCAAAAAAAUGAGAGUGGUUGCAUUAUAUUUUUACUUGGAUUAACAGGAUCAGGACGAACUUUGCCUUUUUCCAAUGGCCUGAGACCUUAAGAAGUCAUGCUCACCACGGAGGCAGCGAGAGAGUUCCAUGCCAAAGAGCGGAGGUUCAAAGAGCAGCUGAGGAGAUGUCUCUCUUCAGCGCUGUCUGCAGAUCUCCUCAGGCUGCUGCAGGAGGAGAUGGAGACUGAUGUUACCCUGUGUACAAGCGCUGGUUCUCUCAAGGCACACAGAGCGGUUCUUUUGGCCCGGGCGCCUCGGCUCCUGAAAGGACAGUCCCACAAAGAUCCCACCACAGUCCACGUGCCGGGACUGGACCUCUCAGGGCUCAAGGAACUCAUCAGGCGCGUGUACACAGCAGAGCAGAGUAUGCGCUCAGGGGAAAUCCUCCCAGAUGCGGAACGGGCUAACCCAGAUGUGGAACGGGCUGCCCCAGAUGUUACAGACCUCCACUGCUCCUCUAACUCCGACGGUGGACUGGAGCCAGCCUCAGGACUUGGGGCCGACCUGUUGGGUUUGUAUCAGCGAGGAGAGCAGUGUGACAUCACCAUUCAGGUCUCUGAGCAGCUCUUCCCCUGCCACAGGGCAAUUCUGUGUGCACGAUCUCAGUACUUCCGGGCCAUGCUGAGUGGGAGCUGGAUGGAGAGCUCUCGGCAAUGCAUCACACUGCAGGGCUUGGGGCCUGAAGAGAUGGAGAUACUGCUACAGUUUAUGUACGGGGCUAUUGUGGAUUUACCAUCAGGGGCCAGUGCCAGUCAGGUGACGCUGGCGGCGGACAUGUUGGGGCUGGACGGACUUAAAGAUGUGGUGGACAUGGUUCUGAUCAGAGAUUACUGCCGCUUCUUCCCCAAGCCGAGUGAAGGGGUCCAGAAGGGUGUCCUUGAGUGCCUGUGCCUCACCCAUGCCUUAGGCCUUCACAGCCUCAACCUGCAGUGUAAGAGGUGGAUUGCAGAGCAUUUUGUGAAGACGUGGUCAGAGCGAAACUUCUCCCUCUUAUCUCCGGAGCUUCAGAGAGUCUGUUUUAAUGCUGUAGCCGAAACUAUGACUGUCCAGAAUGCAGUGACCAUGCUGUGUGGUACAGAGCAGCUGAUUGGGAGUCUGCCUGAGGUGAAGUGGGCUCAGCAGGUCAAGAGUCUGGUCACCGAGCUCCAGGACCACAGCCUCAAAUUCAUCGUCCAAAACUUCCCCAAAGUCAUACGCACUCAGGCCUUCCAGGAUCUACGCAGGAGAGAAGAGUUCACUACAGAGCCCAUGUUGCUGCGGAAGCUCUGUUCAGCCAUAAAAGAGGGCGUCACCGUGGAAAACAGCUGUGAGCUCUACACUGCAGUGCACUGGCUGUGUGGGGAUGACCUGGAGGAGUCUGGUCCGCUUCAGACCGAGCGGAGACAACAAGAGCCAUUCAAGCAGGAGAUUUGCAGCCUACACGAUCGGCUCUGGACCUUCCUCCUACAGACCUUUUACGCUGUCCGCCACACUCAAGGAUGGGAGAGCCUAUCACCCAAGCAUAGAGAGAGGAUAUUAGCAGAUGCGAUUGAUAAAGGGGACAAUAGAAGACUUGGGAAGAAGCCAGUAUUUUCUAGCUCACAGCCCCGGGCAGUAAAAUGCCCUUCCCCUGCUCCUGAGAGUCCUUCAAUCAAUAGGACACAAAGUAAACAAGUGUCCAAUAUUGCCAGAACCUCUUCCUCCCAAAAUUCAGCCACAGCCAUGAAAUCGGAUGCACUUGGGACAGCUCCCAAAACAGGUGACGGUCCGAAGACGAAAAGUGUGAAGAAGCCAGCAGAUCGCGGCGUCGCAUCGAAAACAAAAACAGGAGCUACGCCUGUUGCCAAUGGGACAAGCAUUCGGCGAGAUGUGGUGAGUGCGAAUGGCCCAAGAAGUACAACAGGAGCCAAAGACCAAGAGAAGCGGGCAAAUCCUGGAGCAAGACCAAAAACCUCUCCUCCAAACCCCACAUCCUCCGGCCAGGGACCAGGAUCCAAGGUCCAGAAAGUGAAACCUGAUGGCCCCACCGCUCAGACCUCCACAUCAGGCAGUGCUUCACCAGAGAAUGGAGCCAGCAGCCCAAAAAAUGAUGCCCAAAUGGUGUCAGGUGCCAAACCGAAACAGCAGGUCAAAACAGUGAACAAGUCUGCACCAACAAAAGCUCCUCAGAAAACAGAGCCAGCCAAGACAAGCAGUUCUUCAGGCAAGCCAAGUGUAAGAGAGACAAGUAAAGUGAAAAGCGCUGGAGCGGAGAAAACGACCACUGCAGUGACGAGAGCAGACCCCAAAGGAAGACCAUCAGACAACCAUGGCUACAGAAAUGGCACUUCUGCAAAAAAGCCCCCAUCUCCCAAGAAAGAUGACAAACAAUCUGUGGACAAAACGGCAAGUGAAACUCCAAAGAAGAAAACCACUAAACCAGCUUCAGCCACAGUACCCUCAGCUAAACCCAGCGCUAAACCUAUUGUCAAGACUCCCUCAGUCAACGCUAAGCAAUCUCCAGCUCCUACUGCCAAACCAGGACCAAAAUCUAAGACUGCAACUACUGACACAGCUUCACCAAAAUCUGGUCCAAACACCAAAACAACAGCCAGUGCUAACAAGAAAUUAGUGACAAAAGAGAAAGAGACAGAAAAUGUUAAAAAUGAGGAUACUAAAGUUGAAGUAGCUAUUGUUCGGACUGAUGAUGCUGAAGAGGAGAAACCUAAAGAAGAAUUACCCGUUGAGGAACCAAGUAUGGAGACAGAAAGCAAAGACGAUGCAGAUUUGCAAUUGGAUUUAAAAGAAAAUUUGGAAAAAACUAAUGAAGCUGAAAAAGACAAUGUCCAGGCAUCUAAGAUUACGCCCCAAGUAAAUCCAGUCAGUGCAGAGAUCCCUAAACCUGCUAUAGAUGCCAAGCAAAAAACACAAUCAAGCUUUUCCAAUCAAGUCAAUGACACUAAUUCACCAAAAGAGAUAGACCGUCCCUUAACAGGCACACCUUGCAGUAUCGGUAGCACUCCAUUGGAAGACUCUUGGAGCAGCAUGCACCCUCAAUGCACGCCCGAAUCGGAAACGGGAAGCCAGGCGACCUCAUCAGAUGACAUCAAACCGCGGUCGGAGGACUACGAUGCUGGCGGUUCACAAGACGAUGAUUUUUCCAACGAUAGGGGCGUGUCCAAGUGCGGUACAAUGAGGUGCCACGAUUUCCUGGGCCGAAGCAGCAGCGAUACGAGCACGCCGGAGGAGCUCAAAAUGUACGAGAGCGGGUUAAGAGUGGAGGUGCGGAUGCGAGGAAGAGAUAUGGAGACAACCAGCGAUGAGGAGGCCAUCAGACAAAGGCCGAGGUCUUGGUUGCAUCAAGAUGAGAUUGUGGCGGCAGAGGAGGAGCAUUCUGAAGUUGAAGCCACAGUAACGGUGAAAAGCGUUCCUGAGCAUCAGUUGUUUUCAUCAGAGGAGGAGGAAGAGGAGGAGGAGGAAGAAACGGAGGAUGAAAAAUCUGAAGUUGAAGUUAUCCCCAAAACAGAAACUUCCCCACAUUUUCAAGGAAUUGUGAACCUGGCUUUUGAUGAUGAAAGCAUAGACCAGGAAAACCAGGAGCAGUACCAGACCUCAAAUUUCCGUAGAUCCGUGCUGCUUUCCGUCGAUGAAUGUGAAGAACUGGGAGAAGAAGGAGGCGAAACUGCUCAGCAAAAGCCCGAUGCAGCUAUAACACCGUGUGAUGUUUUCGAACCAGACACUACAGUUAAUGAGGAGGAGGAGGAGGAGGACAAGAAAGUCGGCCACCUUGGACUUUCACCAGAGCACAAAACUAAUGAGGAUGACAAGUCUGUAUUUCUAACUGAACUCCAGGAGCAGGUUAAGAAUACCCAAGCGGACAUAUCCCCCUGCCUUCCCCAGGACCCGCCCCAAGAGCGACCGUGCCAUCUCGAUUUACGAAACACUGAACACUACACCAAUGGGUCGUCACGUAAAAAUCCAACAGAAAGCAAGAAAGCCGAAUUGCAUCUAGACUUAAACGAACCUCAACUGACCUCACAACAAGGUGCACAGUCUCCAGCAGGAGACAGUGCUUGUCAAAGAACGGAGCAAAUCUGCAAACAUGACCGUCGGCCAUCUGCCAAAGCGUUGUCUCCCAUUUACGAGAUGGAUGUGGGGGAAUCCUUUGAGAACUGCGCGCAAAAGCCUAACCAAGAAGACGAAGAAUGCGAAAUAAAUAGCGAAUUUGCAGAGAAAGAUUGGAGCUUGCUUAGGCAGCUCUUGAACGAAAACGAGUCCAAUCUUGGCGUAAUAAACCCGGUGCCAGAGGAGCUUAAUUUGGCACAAUAUCUUAUCAAACAAACCCUGUCUCUAUCUCGGGACUGUGUGGACACUCAGGCUUUUCUUUCGCCGGAAAAGGAGUCGUUUAAGCGGUGGGCAGAAUUGAUUUCGCCCCUGGAGGACUCUUCUACCAGCAUCACAGUGACGAGCUUCUCACCCGAGGAUGCAGCGUCACCCCAGGGCGAGUGGACCAUCGUGGAGCUGGAGACGCACCACUGAAAGAGAAGCACAGACAAAUAGGGUGACCACCUCAAACAUGAGUAAUAAUAAGCAGAUUCUCCUUCAAGUAAAUAGAAACGCCAUGACAUAUAGGGCUUGGAAUCACAACUGUCCCUCACGUUUCUGUGUGGUACAUGGCCAGUGGCGAUCCUACACUGUCCAUGCCCGUCAACAUGCAUAAUCAAUCCAUCCAUGAUAUUCUGCCAUAUCUGUUAGCAGCUUAUUUUCUUUAUGAAACCACUACACCAGGAAUCUCCAACCUUUUUCCUCUGGUGAGCUACCUUUAUAAAAUGUAAAUUCCAGAGAGCUAUUCAUUUUAGCGGUCACAAGAAAUUGAGAAAGUAGAAGAGCCACGGCAAACUUCUAAAACAUAAACAUUAUCCAUUUAUUAGUGCAAGUUAGGCAUCAAAAUGACAUUUUUACAAUGGUAAUUAAUGGGGGUGUAACAAUACCCAAGUCUCAUGAUACGAUAUCGUCACAGUGUGAACCUCACUACGCGAUAUCGUGGGAAAGCUCACGAUAAGGAGGGGAGGCUCACGAUUAAGGAUGUAACAAUAUCUAAAUCUCUUGGUACAAUAUUUUCAGAAUAUACAUCUCACGGUACUAUAUUUACUGUGAUAUUUUGUGCGAUAUAUGCUACUUUUUCCUCUUAAAAUGCCUUGUCAAGACUUAAUCCAAAGAACUAAGACGUGAAAGUGCUUAGAACUGUUAUUUCUUCUUGUAGUCUGCACUGAAAUGGAGCAAAGGAUCAUGGUCUAUGUAGUUCCCUCUGUCUUUUUUAGCUAUUGCUGCACCAUAACUCUUAAUUUAAACAGAGACUUGGGAUUCGAUAUAUUGUGAUGGUCCACGAUAUUAUUGUGAGAACUUUGACGAUACGAUAUCACAAUAUUUCGGUUACCGUUACAUCCCUAGUAAUUAAUCAGAUUUUAGUAAUUAAGUGCAAUACACAUAAUUCAGAAAUCCUUAAGCAAGCUAAUUGGAAGGGGGUGAAGAGCUCCUGGUCGCUCCCAAGCUACAAGUUGGAGAUACCUGCACUACACAAACGGAAAUACACUAAUUUUUAUAAUCAAAUGCCAACCGCACUCACAAUUAAUCAUGGCUAAUCAAAAAAAUUUUGCAAGACAUUUUUUUUAGUGCUGCCACAUUUUUGUUUUGUGGAUGUAGUCCAUCAAAAAUAUCUCAAUGUCUCAAUACAGCAUUUUGUGAUAUUAAUACUGAAGUAAUUUAUUAUCACGACAGCCUAUAUCAUUCUUUUGGCAGACACCAAGAGGCAAAUAACAGGCAAUAAAUCAUUUUCUCAUUGUAACUAGACAGACACCCAAAAUUCACAAAACAAUAAUCUAAUUUUUAUAUUCACAGUUUGAUGAAAACGUGGGACAAAAUUGGUGAGAUGCCAAUAGGUGGUCACCCUAGAGAAACCUUUGAGAGCCUACACUGUCGACGCCUUUAAUUAAAAAAAUGUCUUAAUCUAUUAAUACGAGCAACAGCCAUUUUAACAGUAGAAUUUGAACUAUUUGGAUUUAGAUCUCAGUGGAUUUUUCUUGACACAAAUAAGAUGUACUGCAUGCACAUAUUUUUGUA